UUCUCUUUCGGACGAAAACACUCUCUCAAGUUAAUGGCUAUACGAUGACGACACCGCAGCAACCUCCGGUCCCCAAACGUGCAAUCGUUAAGCAGAUCCUCUCUGGGGAUUCCGUUAUAAUUAGGGCCUCGGUGGGUGCCCCGCCGCCCGAAAAACAGAUCAACUUCUCCGGCGUGACCGCCCCCAAGUUAGCGAGACGACCCGGGGACGCAAACGCUACAGGGACCGAAACUAAAGACGAACCAUGGGCCUGGGAGGCCAGAGAGUUCCUUCGGAAGAAACUCAUUGGCGAGGAGAUCCUGUUCAUCUUGGAAAAAUCGUCAAACACCAACAGAGAAUAUGGGACAAUUUACUUGGGAAAGGAUAUUAACAGUGCCGAAAACAUAACGGAAUCGUUGGUAUCGGAAGGCCUGGCUUCAGUGCGCCGAGAAGGGGUGAAACCGACCCCCGAAUUGACCCGUCUGCAACAAUUAGAGGACGCGGCGAAAUCGGCGGGAAAAGGAAAAUGGGGCAACAAUCCGUCAUCGGAGCACGUGCGGGAUGUCAAAUGGAGCAUCGACAACAUGAGGGCGUUUGUGGAGAAAAACGAAAAUAAACAGUUCGACGCCAUCAUCGAACACGUCCGCGACGGGUCCACGAUCAGGGCCUUCCUAUUACCGGACUUCUAUUAUAUAACGGUGAUGGUGGCUGGAAUAAGGUGUCCCGGUUUUAAAUUAGACGGGCAGGGCAGGCCUGAUCCCAACCAGAAAGUGGAAUAUGCGGAAGAGGCUCGUUACUAUGUUGAAGUGCGAUUGCUGCAACGCGACGUCAAAAUCGUCUUGCAUUCUGUCAACAACACCAACAAUAACGUGGUUGGAAGUAUAUUGCAUCCAAAAGGAAACAUCGCGGAAAACCUUGUCAGAGAGGGCUUUGCCAAGUGUGUGGACUGGUCUUUGACGCCGCUUCCGUCUGAUGUGGUGAAGAAAUUGAGAGCAGCAGAACGUCAGGCAAAGAAUGAACAGAAAAGACUAUGGAAAGGUUGGCAGUCGAGCGCGCCCCAGAUAACUGGCAAAGAGAAAGAGUUUACCGCGACGGUGGUGGAAGUGAUAAACGGCGAUGCUCUGCAAGUCAAACUGGCGAAUGGCACAUCCAAAAAGAUAUUCCUAGCGAGUAUCAGACCACCCAGAGAAACGGGAAAAGCAAAUGACGAUGAGGGAAAACCGCUGCCACGACCAAAAGGUUUUCGACCACUGUACGACAUCCCAUGGAUGUUCGAGGCUCGAGAAUACCUCAGGAAGAAAUUAAUCGGGAAGAAAGUGCAGGUGAUCGUUGAUUACAUCCAAGGAGCCAGGGAUGGGUUCCCAGAAAAAGUUUGUGCAACUGUACUGUCCAACAGCAAGAACGUUGCGGAGGCGCUUGUCUCGAAAGGACUCGCGACAGUCGUGAGGUACAGGCAAGACGACGACCAAAGGAGCUGUCGAUAUGACGAGCUUGUCAAGGCCGAGUCGAAAGCUGAGAAGUCUCAGCUCGGUUUGCAUUCUAAAAAAGAUAGCGCCCCUUUGAGAGUCACAGAGAUCGACGCCGCCAGGGCUAAACUGGAGCUCGCCACGUUCCAGCGCGCUCAACGCUUGGACGCCAUCGUUGAGUUUGUGGCCAGCGGAUCGCGAUUCAGACUGUACAUUCCAAAGUCCAACAGCCUCUGUACAUUUUUGUUAGGCGGCAUAAACUGCCCUAGAGCCAGUCGGCCAGCCACCGGGACGCUUCCUGCCUCCGAAGGCGAAGAGUUUGGGGACGAAGCGUUGCAAUAUUCGAAAGAACGGUGCUUGCAACGCGAGGUGUCUAUCCAGGUAGACACGCACGACAAAGCGGGCAACUUUAUCGGCUGGUUGUGGAUCGACAAUGUCAAUUUGUCGGUCUCGCUGGUUAAGGAGGGUUUCGCGAGCGUCCACUUUACCGGCGAAAAGUCCGCGUACGCGUCCCAACUGAAACAGGCGGAGGAGAGCGCGAAAGCGCAAAAGCUGCGACGGUGGAAGAACCACGUCGAGGAAGAGGUUAAAGAAAAGGUAGAGGAGGAGCGGGUGAACGUCGAACGGAAGGUGAACUUCGAGGAGGUGGUCGUGACGGAGAUCACGCCGGAAGGUGGGUUCUUCGUGCAGCGGUUCGCCGACGGUCCGAAGCUGGACUCGUUGUGCGCGAAGCUGAGGCAAGAGUUCGAGGCGAAUCCGCCGUUGUCGGGCGCUUUCAAUCCCCGCAAAGGAGACUUGUGCGCGGCCCAGUACAGCGUCGAUAACCAGUGGUACAGGGUGAAAGUGGAAAAGGUGCAAGGAGGUAAAGCCACCGUGUACUAUAUAGAUUACGGUAAUCGGGAGGUGUUGCCAACCGCACGAUUGGCCAGUUUACCCGCAGCCUACACUGCGGACAAACCGUUCGCUUCCGAAUACGUUAUGCCCUACGUAUCGUUACCGAAAGACGAAGAGUUUCGAGAGUUGGCGAUCAAAUUCCUGAAGGCAGACACGAGCGACAAGCUUUACCUGAAUCUGGAGUACAAGAAUCAAGGCGCGCCCCCCGCAGCGUCCCUGCACAAGGACACGUCGGGGGCGUCCGACAUUUUCCGCAGCUUGAUCGCCGAUGGCUUCCUGAUGGUCGACAAGGUCAAAUCGAGGAGGCAAAACAAGUUGCUCGAAGAUUAUAGACAGGCUCAAGAUCAAGCCAAAAAGGAGCAUCUGAAUAUAUGGGAGUAUGGCGACAUUACAGAAGACGAUGCCAAGGAAUUCGGCCUUGGCAAUUAACAACCGGUCGUUCAGGCAGCAAACACGAGCCAGAGCACGUACCUAAAUGUACAGGGGAUGGGGGCGCCGUCGUCCGGCAGUUGGAACGGAUCAUCUAUCUUUAUUCAGUCAUAAUGACAUAUAAGAUAGAAAAAAAUAAAUUGACCAAUACUUCA